GGUAGAUUUCCCCGUUUUCAAUACAUCCAAAUAGUACUACUAAUCAUCCAUCCUGUCUGUCGGAUUGUAGGAAAACGCACAUGUCGAGAUAGAAGCUAAGUCGAAAGCAAUCCACUAUGGAGAAACGAGACACCCCGAAAGGAUGGAAACGGUACGUAAAGCGCCGCCCAAGCUGGAGGGAUAACAAGCCAAAAGCAGUCAACGGAACUCCAAACACCUCCACCAGCGCGUUAGAGAUAGAGGACUGCCAUCUAUCAAUAGACGGCGAUGAUAGUAGUAACCCCCGGGAGGAUGGACUAAAAUGUGAGGAUGCGCCAAGAUCGCCCAUUCUCAAUGCACAGACUGAAAGAGUGAAACGCAAUGCAUCCAUAACGUCGCGGGGUGUAUCUGAUAUAGGCAUCAGCAUCACUACUUCUGAGGAGAAGGACUCUCAGCUGUCUGUUUCAGAUCAGGGACAUACUAUGUCCGACAACAUACACGAGUCUGAUGGCGAGAGGAGGAGUUGCAAAAAGAAGCAGCUUAGUACAAUUAGCAAAGACAGUAAGAGGCGGAGUGCAAAGCCCCACCCGCACCAAACUAUGUGUCUGACAGAAGGCCCACCCGAUAAGAAUUUGGCUGGAUACAACUUGAUCGAAAAAGAAAAAGGAUCUCGUAAGCGCAGUACCGUGUUUGAUAAGCUGAUGAUGCGCAAAGGACCCGACUCGGCUUCCUCCCCGGGUACAUCGUCGUACGCGGAAGGUACAUUUGAGGAGUUGCUUCCCAAACUUUUAAGGAGAGCAGAUGUUACAGGCACUGACGGAUCGAUGAAUCAAGCCCGUGAGUUCAUGCGCGACACACUCUACAGUAUUCAAGACCACGUGUUCUCCCUCUCCAUCGAAGAUGACGCUGAGAUGCGUACCUGGGGUCGGGAGAAAAUCGCACCUGAGCAGGUUAUAUAUCAGCUGAAAGACUGGGACAGAAGGCUGAGAGCGCUCGACGCCGCGGUUCACGCGUACGACCAGAUCCGAGCCAAUUCCGAAGACACACUCUCGUGCGACGAUUGUAUGGCGCGAACCCUCGAAGUCAAAUAUCUCAAAGAUCUGCUGCAGACCACGUUUGACGAUAGGGACGAGCUCGACCGUAUGAAGGAACAUCAGGCCAGUCGCUUACGCUCACAAGAAGAUCAGAUUACACAACUUCGAGCACAAUUAGCCAAGGCCAAUUUUGACCUCAAGCAACUACGCCCUUCGUCAACGAAGACAGAUACGACGCAGAAACCAUGUAGCAGCGAGCAGGCCGGAGAUAUGCAUAGUUCCGACGUCGUUCUCACCGCGGCAGGUCAUGUUUGAUAUUUUGGCUUAUCCGAUUUUCAACACACACGUGUUGUCUGCGAUUAAAGUACUGCAGGUCUACAUAUAUAAACUGUAUGAAAGUCUCAGUGUGAUCUUUAAAAGUCUCGUUGAGGCAACCCACACUCCGAUUUCAAAUUCAAUCGAAUAAACUCGAA